CACUUUCCAGAAAAAUGGCUAUCACCUUUCCCAAAAUUCUAAAGGAUUAUCUCGACGUUUUGGACGACUGGCAGAGAGAAGUCGACAAUAUUAGAAAAAUGCACCAUGAGAUAUGGAAAGAAAGCAGAUUUUAUCCUAUUGUUAAACAACACAGAGCAGGAAGCCGCGUCGAAAAACAGUGUCGCAUCCUUCCAAUGGGAAAACAAACUGACGUAGAUUAUAAAUUUGAAGUAACGGGAGUAACUGUUGAAAUGGAAAAAAGAUCAGGACUCUUCUGGAAAGUUAGCACGUUCUCAAAGGCGCAUGGGAAAAUAUUUGUGACAAAAGAAACAAAAAACGAACUUAUGAACAAGCCCCACUAUUCUGAGAUAUUCACAGAAAACGUCUUCGUUUGGGACUCGUCGGAGGAAGCAUAUUUGUUGUUGCCAGGACCAUUCAAAGAAAAUGUCGUGGAGAUGAGUAAAUUUGAAUAUCAAAAGGAUCUAACACCACCAGCGAACAGUCCCUCAGUCCCUGGGCAAGGAGCUGUGAAUGAGUAUGAUAUUGUACCGUGCUUAAGAAUUUCUCAGUGGCCACUCAGUGUCCGCAAAUGGACGGAAGACAAUUGUUCUGACCAGAAAGCUUUAAACAAAACAUUUAGGUCAAACAUGGCAAAGACCGAGUCUUUAUUUGUAGUCCCAGCAGGAAAUCCGACAUCUCAAGAAAUAAAUCUUGAGUUCAGACUUUCUUUCUCUCUUCUUGAGGUCAAAUGCUUCGAGGAACUUUCCUCGUAUGAAAGGAAACUGUAUGGUUUGAUAAAAUACGUCUUUAAAACGAAAUUAGAAGGCAUAGAUUUACUGGACUCUUACCAUAUUAAAAGUCUUUACUUCGACAUGAUUGAUAACGAAAGAUGGAGUUCAAAAGAUUAUUUACAAGAUCUUACACAUUUCUUUGAAAAUGUAGAAACUGCUUGCAAGAAUGAAAGGGUUAAGCAUAUCUUUAUAGAAGAUUGCAAUAUAUUUCCUUUUCACAAGACAGACAGGGAUGAUAAAAUAGAAAUGACUGUUGAAGUUCUUGGUCGGAAAUCUGAUGAAAUUGUUAAAGAACUACACAUACUUGUCCGACGCGAUUUACAUGUAGCGGCAGGUGAAGAUGAAACUUGGCUGUCACUGACCGAGAAGGAAAUAGAAAUACGACAAAAACAAAUAAAAAAAGAAAUCUACAUCAACGGUUAUUUAACAAGGUUGCUUAGUUUAAUAACUUAUUCUCUGUAUGAAAAUCAAGAACAAAAUACAAUUGAUAUUGCUAUUCGUAGAGUCAAAAAAUUGUUUUGUGACUAUUCCCAUGAUGAACAUAUUCAUCGGAUGAUUCCUAUGGUAAACGCUUCACUGGAGCGACUGGGAACGAGUGAUCUUAUAGAUAAGACCAUGACUAGCUGUUCAGUAGCAGAUGAGGUCAGUAGAAAAGUUCAUCUUGCUUUUGAGGCAUACUUGUAUCAGGAAUUUGAACAGGUCAAUGAAUAUUUGAAAGACAUUUUACCACACACCCCUACGAGUGAAUCGACUUUUAUAGGAGUUAGCAUUACAAGCUAUCACAAGAACUUUGAACUGGACACACCCCUUCACUACGCAAUUUCUACCCUGGAGAAAAAGUCUAGGGAACACAAAUGUCCCCGUUUUUAUCUGGAUCCUGUCUUUUUUGCCCAUCAUUUAAAAAUCCAAGUCAGGCUAAAAACCGAUGAUAGAAAGCCAGAACAGACAGAUAUAAAGAAACUGGAGGAGCUGUCCGUCUGUCUGUCUGAGAGGGAGCCGUACCUGGGACGACUCUCCUACAGGUACUCCGCUGUAUUACUCUUACAGGGAUAUCGACCGUUACUGGAACAUUAUCACCUUGCUUUCAAAGCAAUCGACAGAGAAAACCUUGAUGGCUUUAAUCAAAGACUAUAUGCCACAAACUUUGAUCUGCGUUAA